AUGGAUAUGUAUCAAGAACAGCGAGGAAAACGAAUAUAUGGUGACGACCCUCAAAACUCUCGUACUUAUAGAGGCAGCAUGACGAGUUCUCAACAUUCUCAAUAUUCAAACACUGAAACCAAUUAUCAAUCACAUGGCCAUCGCACAAGAUUCGUGGAUAAAUUACCUUUACCGGGCUUUCUCGUAGCAAAUAGUCACAAAAACCCUCAUACAUAUAGAGAACCCACAACGAAUUCCUCGGCCGAAGGAAAUUAUUCACAAUAUUCAAACGUUGAAGCCAGCCAUCAAGCUUAUGGUCAUCGUAUCAAUAAUCCUAAAAAGGCUUACACUUAUGGAGUCAGCACCACCAAUUCAUUAGCUGAAGAAAAUUAUUCCCAACAUCCAAACUUCGAAAUGGCAAAUAAUUUUCCCACUUCAGGCUAUUCCGUAACAAAAGGCGGAACAGCAGGAUUUUCUUUCAGGAGGAACUCUUGUAAAGAUCAUGAGUCCAUGUUGCAUGAACUAACCAAUAGAAAUCAAAUCUUGGAGGUGAAAAAUAAAAAAUUGGAGGAGGAAAAACGAUCGUUGACUAACGAGUUACAAUCAUUGCACAACGCUGUCACAAUUGAAGGCAGGGAGUCCAAUCAGAAAAUCCUCGACCUUCAAGGCACCAUCGAAAGUUUGAAGGCGAUCAAUGAAGAAAAGGAGGAAAAAAUUCGUGAUCUUGAAAACAGACAAGCCCAAGACCUUGUUGUUAAAAGCCUGCAGGAGCUGAUCAAGGAGAAGGAAGUAGAAGUUCACAGUCUUAGGAAACACAAUUCAGAAUUGAGGGAAGAAGCCUCCCACUACCAAUCGGCAUUAGGUGAAGCGACAAAUUUUCAAAUGGGCGAUGAUGAUCAAAACAACGCGGUUCAACUCAAGAACGACAUUGAAAAGUUACAAGACAUGAUCGAAGAUUAUGUGACAAAUUUAAAGAUUGGAGUGAAUAUUAAUUCAGAGAAAAUAAAGGAAAUCUUGGAAUAUUAUAAAUGCGAAACCGGCCCGCGAGGACCAGAUAGGCUUCUAAUUAAGGCCACAUUGCAAUUUCAUGUGAUAAAAAGUAUAUUCUUCCUUGCAGAAGAUUUUUUUUCCAAGGGUGGAUCCCUUGAAUCGGAAAUAGCUGGAAGGAGAAAGGAAUUAUCUGAUUUGCUAGAAAGUUUUUCGGCGGAACGAUUAGGGAAUGAUGAGGCGACCAGGGUGUCAUCAAUAAAGUUACGUCAACUAAUCAACGCCACACUUGGAAAUCGAGGAUUUUCACAAAUGAAGAAUCAUGAAAACGGAUUCAUGGAACAUCAAUUUAUCACAUCAGCUUCCGAACAACUUAAUCAAUGGAUGGAUCAAUAUCGCACGAUCAAAGACAUGGAAAAGAAAAAGGAGGUUGAAAGAUUGUCACCCGAGAUUAUACGAGAUACCGUAAGGUUAUUCUACUUUCGAUUUUCGGUUCAAGAACCGAAAAUAGAGUAUUGUUGGUUUUCUCCAAAUUCGAAAAUACAAAAAAAUUACAUGAAAGGUCAAUGGGACGAUGAAGAAAUAGAAAAUCUAACUGUGGGGAUUUGUUAUUUUCCGUUAAUUGGCAAAAAUUUUGAUAAAGAAAACUUCAAAAUAUACACACCGGCCAAAGUAUAUCCACAAGAAAUAAAGAGGAGAAACUAA